AUGGCCCCCAACCUUUUCAUCUGUUUGCGGACCGUCUGCUGCCCGGUCUACUGGUUCCAGCGUGGUGGUCGCGGCAAAAGCGAAGUCAACCGAGAGCAGCACUGGGAAAGCCCCAUCCCGGGAACGUACAAGUUCCUCCCAGGCCGCGGAUGGCAUCUCGUCCGCCGCGACGGUUCCGACAAGGAUGAAAAGUCCCCUGCUGCUCUUGUGUACUGCCGCAUCCUUCACCGAUACAUGUUCGAGUCUGAACUCGAAGAGCGCUGCCGCUUGUUUUCGGCUCCGCUGCACAAGGGCGCCCAGCCCGAGCAGCUGCGCUUCUUUCUUCUCGACGACGGCCUCCACUGGGUCGCCGGCUGGGAUGCCAAAGGCCGAUUUAUCCCCGGUCCUUACCCCAAGUGGUACCUAGAUGAUGAUGGCCAUACUAUACGCCGCGGCUCCUCGCCUCCUACCAGUGCCGCCGUUUCCCGAUGCAGCAGUAUCAUCGCGGGCAAACAUGAUUAA